GUAAUAAGAAUAAAGAGUGGAGUAUGUAAAAGAUAAAUAAUGAGAUAAAAAAGAAAAACAGAAUAAACAACGUGCAAGUAUUGGCAUAUGUACAAAAGUAAUUGUAUUAUAAAAAUAGACAUUUCCGCAGGUACAGGUGUAGGUCCAGGUAGACUGGAGAAUGUUUGUGCAAGGUUGCUUAGUCAAAACAUAAAAAUCAAAACGCUUUUACUACUAAAUGUAAAAAAGGAAGAAAUAUAAGUAAAUAUAAAAGUGCACAUUGGUUAUUGCACUAGAAUGAAUAAAAAGAGUUUCCCCAUUUCUGAUCUUGUCUUAUCUUAUCUUAUCUUAUCGUCAUUUAUAAGUUGCACGUACAAAUGGAAUUAAUAUUGCGUGUCUGGGUAGAAGGGUCUCAGCUUGCACAUGGAGCUGGUGUUGGAGCUUUUCGAGUCCUCUUCAGGUCUGAGGCCGGCCUCCUUCACUCUAGAGGUGGGCUUCAUGUCAGCUGCAGGUGCCUCCUUGCCCAUUCAAGGUGUGCAUGUCACUGUCAACAGGUCCCAUUUUCAUGUCUGGAGCUGGUCACGUCCCACAUGGCCCUGGGAUGACAACGAAAAUCAUUUAUUUCAUGGUGAAUGGGAAGCUGGAGAAAGCGGAGUUUGGUUGUGACUGCUCUGCUGCAGACGUCAAAGAUCUGUUCCGAGCAGCCGCUGAGGUGGAGCCGCACCACGUCCUCAAGAUGUACAACUGGAGAGGCAGCGUGGUGAACAUCUCGCCCCGGCUGGAGGCCAACACUCCGGACUCGUGCUACCGUCUGGAGGCCGUGGCCUCAGACCUGCACAGUGUGCCGAUGCCUCCGGAGCUGGACAGCAUGGAGCACAGGCUGAACCACCUGGAGACCAAAGUGAUUGAAGACGUGGGGAAGACUCCGGACGCCAUCUUUGAGCUGAAGAGCCAGGUGGAGUCUUUUAAGAGGAAGCUGGAGAGCGUCAAGCACCUGAGCUGGAUGGGUCUCUUCAAGGGAGACGGCAACCAGCAUCUCCCCAAGACCCCCCUGAAAGCCAGGACGCCUCAGCUGAGCGUGCAGGAGGAGCACCAGCGGGUCCGCAUGAAGUUCCUCAACAUGAGCUCUCUGCAGGUCACAGGAGAAGUACGAGAGCUUCUGAAAACUCCCAUUUUUGACAACUGGCAGUGGGAGGAGGCGGAGAUGCUGGUGCUGCUCCAGGUGAUGUACACAGACCUGGACUUCCUCACGGCCUUCCACAUCGAGCUGGAGGUGCUGCAGAACUUCCUGUUCCAGGUUUACUGCCACUACAACAACAUCCCCUUCCACAACUUCCAGCACUGCUUCUGUGUCACUCAGAUGAUGUACGGGCUGAUCUGGCUGACCGACCUCAGGAACAAGCUGGGACGAGUGGAGCUGCUCAUCAUGUUGACCUCGGCGCUGUGCCACGACCUGGACCACCCCGGAUACAACAACGUGUACCAGAUCAACGCUCAGACCGACCUGGCUCUGCGCUACAACGACAUCUCCCCGCUGGAGAACCACCACUGCGCCGUGGCCUUCGGCAUCCUGUCCAAGGUGCAUCCUGGCCACGGACAUGGCCCGACACAACGAGAUCCUCAACAGGUUCAAAGUCCUGCAGCCCGUGUUCGACUUCACCAACAGGGAGCACAAGGAAGUGCUGAUGAAGAUCAUGGUGAAGGUGAGCGACAUCUCCAACGAGGCCAGGCCCAUGGAGGUGGCCGAGCCCUGGCUGGACUGUCUGCUGCAGGAGUUCUUCAACCAGGUCUCUGUCCUCCGUCCUCCGUCCUCCGUGGUCCCGGCCCUUGGGCAGGAAGGGACGCGUGUCCCGCCUCAGACCAGGUAACAGACUGUCCUUCUCUGUCCAUUUCUCUGGCGCAGAGCGACUCGGAGAAACUCAAAGGCCUCCCAGUGACUCCCUUCAUGGACCGGGACAAAGUGUCCAAACCGUCCUCUCAGACCAACUUCAUCCGGUUUGUCCUCCUGCCACUGUUCACCGAGCUCACCAAGCUCUUCCCCUGUCUGGAGCAACACAUCCUGGAGCCGGUGCGCAGGGCCCUGGACUAUUACUCUGAUAUGGAGAGAGCCAGCAAGGAGGUGAAGGAGGAGGAGGAGGAGGAGGAGGAGGCCAAGCCUCCGACAGGAGGAAGAUGAGGAGUGUGUUUCUUUUGUUUCAGUAAAUAUUAACAUGUGAUUGAUACGUUACGUCUGCUCAGGCUGAAGCGUCUUGUGUUGUGUGGUGACCAGUAAUAAAACGUGACAAAGCUUUA